GGCUGCUAUCUCUAUUUUAACCCCCCCUCGCUUGCACCUUCACAGACCCCUCGCUCGAUCUGUGCGUGAAUGUGGGUGCGGGAGUGCUCAAGCAUAUGUGUCCGCCCAGGUUACCAGAGCGCGAGGGAAGCUCGUGAGUGUUGCGGCUCUGUGGCAAAGGAGCUACAGAAUUCUCUGGAAAACAGAGAGCUGGCCUCAGACAUGGCUCAGCGCUGCUGAGGGUCCCCACAAGCAAGCAACCAGAGAGGGACGGUGAUACAGCUGGACGAUGGUGGUGGAGGAAGUCAUGAUCACCCUGUCAGGGGGGGCACCAUGGGGCUUCAGGCUCCAAGGUGGUGCUGAACAGAAGAAACCACUACAGGUGGCAAAGGUGCGCAAGCGCAGCAAGGCAUGCCGGGCAGGUCUCCGCGAGGCUGAUGAGUUGGUGUCCAUCAAUGAGAGCCCGUGUAAUGGACUGUCCCAUGCCCAAGCCAUGAACCUCAUCGACAGCUCCCCUGGGACGCUAUUCUUGCGGGUCAAAAGAGUACCAGUGGGAUUCCAGUCAGUGGUGCUGUUGACCCGGGCUCCAUCCCCAAGGAUUGACAAGGAGUAUCGGGCCUCCCUAAGGCCCAAGUCUCCAAAACCCCCCCAGCUAGUGUCAAGGUCAUGCCCCAAGUUGGGCAGCGAGAGCUGGACGAGGCAGGACUGCCCGACCUCCAUACAGGGCAGCGAGGCCUACUACUGUGAGACAGACAGCGACGUAGAUGUGACGCAUGAGAAACAGCGAAGACAGAAGCGCCGGAGCCCCAGCACCAUGCCAGCCAGGGCUGCAGGCAGGGAGUCGCCAGAAGAGACCUCUGAGAUGAGCGGCUAUGACAGCGCCCCUGAUGCCCGCACCUAUGUUCCUGCUCCAGGGAGCUGUAUGACCAAUGGCAGGGAGCACAAAUGGACUUUGCCGUCGGGGAAACUUCCAGGUGUAGCACAAAAGGAGGUGGUUUAUCAGCCCGAGCCAGGCGAAUGGUCCUUCCAGAUGGAGACCUCCAAGAACUCUUUGAUGAACACAGAUGAUCAAAACCCACAAAACGGAAGGGCAGAGGUGGACAGUGGCUUCCAGGAGCCCUCCAGCCUCCCACCACUGGUCUCCCCCGAGCGGGCCAGAGAAGCUCUCCAGCUGGCCUCCAGAAAGCAGUUGGUGCCAAUGGUGGGGCCAGUGGACAACCCUGUGGAUGAGGAGCUCACCAUCACCUACAUGGACAAGGCAAAACAAGCCAAGCUGCACAGAGGUGACACAGUACAGGACCAUCAAGUAAAGGAGGCGCGCACCAAAUGCCGGACUAUUGCCUCACUGCUGACGGAUGCACCCAACCCGCACUCCAGGGGUGUGCUAAUGUUUAAGAAGCGCAGGCAGCGUUCCAAGAAGUACACGCUGACCAGCUUCGGCAGCGUGGAUGAGGACAUACUGCGGGACUCGCAUGAAGAUGAUGGUGUCCUGCCCGGCAGCGAGUCAGAGUUUGACGAGGAUGGCUUCACCAUGGCGCCAGAUCCUACCUGGGACAACGACUACCUGGAGGCCCUGGAAAAGAGGGGUGGAGGCAGGCAGGAGGGCACGGAGAGCCCAGGGCUGACAGCCACCUCAGGAAAGGGCGCCCGCCUCUUUGAGCAGCAGAGGAAGAGGGCAGAGGAGCAUGUGAAGAAGAUGGCCAUGCAGCAGGUGAAGCAAACUCUGCCUCCUCAGGAGCCCCCCCCUCCAGAGGCAGAGGCUCCGCCCAUGCCAGCCCCCACCGUUCCUCUAGCCCACAGCCACAAUGUCACCACUGUAGGGCCAGUCACCAUGAGCACAGCCUCUGUGGUGUCUCCACUCUCUAUGGCAUCCCAACCCCCUGUGGUACCAGAAACCACCCCACCCUCGAUGCUGCAGGAGCUGCCAUCACCCUGGCUCGCAGCCUUGCCAUCCAGCUCUGUGGUGAAUAGAACUGCACGGCCAUUCACUCCAGGCUUCAUCACCCACCGUGCCUCCACCGCACCUGUGGUGUUCCGGCCCCACGUCACCAAGCAGACUAAGCCCACUACGCCGUCUGAGGGCAUACCAGCCCCUUUCUCCGCUGCCAGUGCUGUGUCUUCCCCUCAUGCUGCUGUACCUGCCACUGCCCCCCCAUUCAUCUUUCCGCCUGCUUCCUCUACAGGGGAUGAGCCCUUCUCCCCACUUACUCUGGCCACAUCCCAACCUCCUGCGGCAGCGUCUUCCCAGCCAAAAUCCUCCAAUUCUUUCACUAGCAGGGACACCUCACUUCCUGCUCCAGUGAGGCCCUCCCACCCCAUGUCCUGUGAACAGCAGGCUGCCGCCCCCAACGGCCGCACCGGGAUCCUCUUGGAAGCGCACCGCCGGGCUAGUAAGAAACCCCUGUUCAGCGGCCCUGAGGAUAAGAAGACGGCCUCCCCCAACCCAGAAUUACUCUCUCUGGUGCAGAACCUUGAUGAGAGGCCUAAGGCGGGCCAGGAGUUCAACUUUGAGUCCGGCCCCUAUGAGGAUGUGUUCAACCCAGAUGGGGAGGCAAGAGACUUAACGCAGGCCCAGAAAUACAAGGUGCCCCCUCCGGUGGCACCAAAGCCACGCGUGAUGCCCGCGAUCGUCCAUAUGCCAUAUGGCAUGGAGGGCAAAGGUGCUGAGCUGUUCGCACGCCGGCAGAGCCGCAUGGACCGCUACGUGGUGGAAAGCAGUGGCUGCCAGCAGCCGGACCUGACCCGUUCACCCUCCCCCACACCCUCCCUCCCAGCACACUGGAAGUACUCGCCCAACAUCCGUGCACCUCCCCCCAUUGGCUACAACCCGCUGCUCUCCCCAUCCUAUCCACUGGGGGCACAACGCAGCAAGGCAUCCAUGACCUCGCAAGGGGGUCACUACAGGGGCAGCCAGCAGAAAGAGGGGAUCCGUGCUCUGGAUUUCAUGAGGAGGCAGCCCUACCAGCUGAACCCCGCCAUGUUUAGCUUCUCUGGCAGCCCAGCUGACCAGCAGCAGCAACAGCACCACCGCAGCGAUCACAUGACAGGCAGCACCCUCAGCGCCCCACGACAGAUCCCCAUCAGGUCGGUGGGUGUGCGCGAGAUCCGCCGCUUUUCCACACCCACACCCAUGUCGGCGUCCACCUCCCUGAUGCCCACCGUCAUCAUCCCCCGAGCCGCUACCACACUGGGGGAGCCCCUACUCUGCCCUGAUGUUACCUCGCCCAACACCGCAGCAGAGGCCCCUCCACCACUUCCUACAGCAGCCCUCCCUGAAUUACCAAAAAUAUCCAGUGUGCCCGUCCCGAGCCGGGUACGUGUCCCCGGCCCUGUUCCUUUCCCGGGCCCUGCCAACACAGGCCUCCAGGUGUCAAAGCUCUUCCUGAGUGCCCCUGAGCUCAGCCCCCUGCGCUCGCCCACUGUCCAGGCCCCCAAACCACGCUUCGUAGCUUCAAGAAAAGGGGCUCAGAUGAGCAUGUGGAGGCCGGGGGGGGCACACCCCUAGGGCCUGCCCUCCUAACCCCUACAAUGUCACCCUAUGGCAGCUUCUGUCACAUGCUUGUGGAAUCAGGGUCUGUCAGUGGGUGCGAAAUUUUUUUUACUUAUCCAUUCAUGAUAUAUAUAUAUAUAUAUAACAACAAAUAAUAAAAUCCUAAUCUAAGAAUUGUAGGGGAACAUAUUAGUUUGCAAAAAUCUUUUCCAGACAUAUUUGUUUGCAAUAUUUUUGGAUAAAAAAAAAAAUUCAAAACUAGUUCUCGGCAGGACUCCUCUCUGCUCUACAGACACCAAUUUUCAAAUUGUGCUGUAUAACAUUUGACGCUAACAGUGACAGGGUAGAGACACUAUACUUACAGUACUGAUACCUAAUAUGGUGUGCAAAGUGCAAUAUUAAAAUAGAAUACCUUCUUGUGUAUUAUUAUUCAAAUAAAAUACCUUCUUGUAUGUUAUUUUAGCCCUAACAGGAAUGUCCUAAAAUACAACAGAAACCCCUGUUUUACUCUUCAUUUCACAGUAUUUUUCUGUUCUCCCUCUAAAUGAUGCAUGAAACCAAAAAAUAUUGUUGUAUAGUGUUGGAUCUGCUGUCAUUGCCUAUAUAUGGUGUACAGUGUAUAUCAUUGAGAUACAGUCAUGAUGCAUCACCAGGGCAGAUCAAACAGAUCAAACAUCAGAAAAUUGCAAAUGCAGGCCAAAAAGAUCCUGAUGAAUGUGCACUGAAUUACCAUGCUCACAAAACUUGAAAUGUGAUUUUACUGCAAGUAAUAAUGAACCAAAACCUUACUUCCAUUAAAAGUGAGUAUGAUGAUGACUUUUCGAACCACAGCAGGGGAGUGAAGCUGGGCCUGUAAGUGCCUCUUACCCAGGUAAAAUGUACAGGCCUUUGAGGGAUGAGAGUAUGUUGUGUGGAGGGUGACCCCCCAGCUCCUGGGUAUAUGGCAGCUCCUUACAAUCCCGGCUGCUCUCAUGUAUUUGCCAUUGAGCCAGUGGGUCUCUGAAGCUCAAAAAUGAGGCUGCUGCACUGGCCGGCCUGUUCAGUGUAUGUGGUUAUGUGAGGGUGAGAGCUGCUUUGUGUUGAUGUUAGCUUCACCCAUUUGCAAUGGCUUUCCUCUUACGCUUGACCUGGCAGCCUUCUGGUCUGUGGUUGAAUGGUUUGCCGGAUGCAGUGGCUCAUAGACCCAGUGUGCACCAGAAACAUUGAGUAUGAAGGCAUACUGACUGUGGAUGUGAUAGAAUAGCCAUUUAGCUUUUUUUUAAUCACUGCUCAGGUUGUGUUGACUAUAAUAAAGUAGAAUGUUUAGUGUAUUCUUAUUUUCUUUAUGUUGAUUUGAAGAUGAUGCAAUCAGUGUUAGUUGAUGUCCAUGUGGUGACCUAGAUAUGCUUCACUGCUGGCAUCCCCUGCCUUCCUGGUCAGUGCGCUGUACAUUCUCCUCACGUUGGAGAGAGGUGUUGAGGAGGAGAGGAAACUGGGGUUUUGCUAAGUUGCUAAGAAGAUAAUGCCCUGGACGGCUGCCUGCGUUGCCUAUUGGGUUGACCCGUCCUGGAUGUAACAAAGUCACCAGUGCAGGAGUAUGUGAUCCUAGAAGAGAUGCUGAGGAUGUUGCUGCUGCCGUGAGGAGUGAAAGCCUUCAUUGGUAGGGAAACAAGGAAAAUUGUCAAUAGCCCACUUUUUCUAGCCUUUGUGGUUAUGGGGUGUACCAAUUUUCUACAGAGAGCAGGGGGAUGUGCUUUUGGUGCCAUUCUACUUGAACUGUUAAAUGAUGAUGACAUGAGAGAGAUCCCAUAGACUGUACAGAUAGAGAGAAAGUGACUGAGCAGAGAUGGGAAUGGGGCCUAGCUGUGGAAGGAUGAUCUAGUGGGUAGGUGGACAAGCACAGAAACUCCUGGUACUGGUGUCUCGCUGCCUGGAUUUGGUGAAAUUGGCUAAACGCAUAAGCUUGCGUGUCACAUAUUGACUGUGUUAUGUCCCGUUUUUGCUUUUUAAAAUUUAGAUAACAGGAAAUAGCAGAAGUCUAAUAUGGAAUAUGUCAGUGUGUACUUAAUCUUCAGCUAAGGGAUACAGGCUCAGCAUUGGUUAUACUUGCCAAACAAAGUUUUUCAAAAAUAAAUAACAGUUAUGAAAAACCU